ACGUUUCCCGCCAACAUGGCAAAUAUGUCGGCGCUCGUGUCGUUUCCCGCCAAGCCCCCGCGACAACCCCGUUACGAGCGUAACGAAGAGUUUUUGUGGCGGUGUAGGAGUGUUUUCCCCGCGGUUUAUCUCGUCCGAUCUCUUUAUCUGGCUGGACUACGGCGCGAAAAGAUGGGGCAGUCAGACGACGCUGAGGACUCGAUGUACGGCCGACACCAGGAUCUCUGCCAGAAGCUGAAUAUGGAUGCGGCAGCCGCGUCCGAGGCCUGGAAAUCCUACGAGACUAUUCGACAAAACUACACCCUCGAGGGUGAUCAAUUACAUUGGAUAGGCUGUGCAGUGUAUGUGGCCUGUAGAAAGUUUUCCAUACCCACGGUAGGAAAACCAGGCACUAAUGUGGAAGGCAACUGUGUAUCGCUGACUCGUCUCUUGCAACUGUGUAAUCUCCCAUUGAUACAAUUCUUUACAAAGAGCAAGUCAUGGGCAGAUAUGGCAAAUAUGCCACAAGACUUUCGGGCUAGGAUAGAGAAGCUAGAGGCAAAUUUUUCUGUUUCCAUGGUCAUAUUUAAGAAAUAUCAGCCUAUAUUCUCUGAUAUUUUCAAAGAUCCACGAGAGGAUACGUCUAAGCCACCUAGAUCAAGAAGGCAUAAAGCAGUUCCCUGUACGCCUAGCAGGGUCUUUGAAUUCUGUUGGACGUUGUUCAUAUGUAUAAAGGGUGCAAUUCAUGAUAUCUCAGAUGACCUUGUUAAUUCUUACCAUCUCUUGCUAGUUUGCUGCGAUCUUAUCUAUAACAAUGCUUUAUUAGCUAAUAGAAAAGAUUUGCUGAAUCCUAAUUUUCCUGGUUUACCAGCAAAUUUCAACGAUGACAAUUAUAUCCCACCUCAAACAGCAAAUUGUAUUGUUAACCUGCUAUGCGAGCGUCAUGAUGCAAUCGCCGUUGAGGCUAAAGCCAUAAAGGAGUACUGUGUGAGGAAUUACAUAAACAAGCUAUUUAAUGAAAAAACUUUACGUGGUGAUCAAUCAAAUUUCUCUGGCAUGCUAGAGGCAUUAAAUUUUGAUAGUAACAACAAGGCUAUGAACAAGUCUUAUGAACAGCGUAUGCUAAGUGUCGGAGAUUUUGAUGAAAGAAUUUUCUUAGCGGAAUGGAGAAGAUUAAAUUUGAGUGGUAUAUCAAAUUCAAAUAUAUUAGACCAAAACGAUGCCAAGCAUGUCCAGUUUAAUAAACAUGACAUCUUAAAAGGCCAUGAUGCUAAUGAAAAUAUUGGUUCUCCUACGCAAAUAAUGAACAUUGAAGAUUUUCACGAACGAUUGCAAAUAAAGAAAGAACAACAUGCUGGGCAGAUACAAUAUUUGGCACCUCCCACACCAUUGACUGGACGUAAAUAUCUCCGAUCAAAGGAUAUGUCUAAUAUAACACCAGUAACUACAGCAACUCAAAGUGUCAUCAAGUUACAAGCUUUAAUAGCCGGACAAUCCGCUCCAAGUGAAAGUUUAUUGCAGAUGCUGAACAACUGUUCUCAAGAUGUCAAAUCCUCACUAGAGGCAAAAGUUAAACAAAUUGGCGAACAAUUUUGCGCAAACUAUAAUAGUAAUGCAAACAAUGGUUCGGCAUCUGAUUUUGCAAAGAAGCGUCUUCUUAUGGGACAAACCUUAUUUUACAAGCUUCUAGAAAUGAUUUUAAACGACGAGAAACGCAAAAAGCCGAAUGACGACAUAACUAAUCUUCUUUUGAAUGAAAUCUUUAUACAAUCCCUUUAUGCCUGUUGUCUUGAAAUCGUUAUAUAUUCAUAUAAAAGCAAUGACAAAAUAUUUCCAUGGAUACUGAAAGCUUUGAAUCUAGACGCUUACUAUUUCUAUAAAGUCAUAGAAAUUAUAGUAAGAGCUGAGGAUCAACUGUCACGGGACGUGGUCAAGCAUUUGAAUCAUAUAGAGGAGAAGAUUCUAGAGUCCCUGGCCUGGCAAAGCGAUAGUCCUUUAUGGCAAACCAUCGAAUCUUUGCCAGAUGGUGUGCCGAGCUGUGAGGAAGUUUCCUUACCUGGUACUUUGGAAACUGCCGAUCCGAAUGCGCCUGGUCAACCUGUAUUAAGACGUAUUGCUUUAGAUCGGGAUCGUACUCAUGACGUUCCACAAAGCCCGAUUUCAUCUGCUUCAGAGAGAUUUCAGUCUCCAAUCGCAGCAUCUGGUGCAGCAAAGAAGCGAUUAUUCUCUACCGACACUAGGAUCACUGGUCAAAGUGUUCUUCGUGUUGGACAGAGUGUGUUAUCUUCUAAUAGAAUGUUAUUGGAUAAUGGUCAAAGGAUACUCUUGGUACCUGAUCAAACUGGUGUUUCUAGAGCAUCGGGUACGACACAAGCAUUAAAUAAUCCCACACAAGCGACGAACAGAGACGCGGCAAAACCGAAGAGAACAGGUUCGGUCGCGCUGUUCUUCCGAAAGUUCUACAAUCUUGCAUGCGUACGCAUGCAGGAGUUGUGCAAUUCAUUAGAAAUAUCAGAUACUGAUAAGAAAAAGAUCUGGACGAUCUUUGAAUACUCCAUCAAGGAACGUACUAAAUUGAUGAAGGACCGACAUCUCGAUCAAAUCUUAAUGUGUGCAAUUUAUGUAAUAUGUAAAUUGGUUAGGAUGGAGAAAAAUUCGUUCACCGAAAUCAUGCGAUGCUAUCGACUACAGCCACAGGCUGAAUCUCAUAUAUAUAGAUCAGUACUUAUCGAAAAAGUUCCUAAUGAUGAAGAUCCAGGAACGAGUGGUAAUGAAAGAUCGGAAGACAAUAAUAUGUUAGGAGAAAAUAUAACUCCACCUACACCAACAAAUAUGGCUGGGACGUGUCAAAACUUUAAUGGGGAGAUACGCGGCGAUUUGAUCAAAUUCUACAACACAAUGUAUGUUCCACAAGUCAAGGAUUUUGCGAACAAAUUUGGAUCUACUCGCGGCAGUGUUACGAAUCUCUCGCUGAGUCCUUUACCAAAAGGAAAAGCGCCUGCUAAUUCUCCAGUAAGACGUGUCACUAGUAGUAUUAUGACACGCACUCUAGAUCCAAAGGCUAUUAGUGCGUCACCGGCGCCACAAUUAACUUAUUGUUUCAGUCGUAGUCCUGCCAAGGAUUUAGAGGCUAUCAAUAAGAUGAUGAUAUCUGUGGACGCAAAAAAGAGUGUAGGAAAGCGAUUACUUUCCGAUGACACGGAUGUAGAAAUGACAGAAGGUGCACCUUCUAAAAAAGCUACAACUUUUGUUGCACGGAAAUUAGAAAAUAUUAUUGGAGAACGACGAACGCAAAAUCAAUAAAUGGAAUGAUAACGUUCAUCGUAGUUUACAAAGACGAUAAAGACGUGUUCAAUCUACUUAUUUACAUAUGAAUUGAUUUGUAAAAAGCGUGAAGAAACCUAUAGAAAGCUAAUCAUUUGUCUGCUUAGCUUAAAUGUGAAACAUUUGUUUCUCAAGUAUAGUCAUUCUAGCAAAUUGGAAGAGCCCAAUAAAAUGUUCACAUUAUAUAAGGAUUCUAUAAUGUUAUUUGUGUAGUUUUAUUUAGUGUAAAGUCAGAAUUCAAUUUCCAGUAUUCUUUGUUGACUUUUAUCAGAGUAGACUUUUUUAAUUUAUAAUUCACUGUCUUUCAAGCCGGUUAUAAUAUAAAAUGCAAAAAUGUGUAACGUGGAUUAUAAUCACAAUACACGCAUAUUACACUUUGUGCAUUACAUUAAUGUUAACAUAAAAAUUUUAGAAUCAAUUAAAAACAAAUGAUUUUUUAAAAUAUGUAUAUUAUUUUUUGAUCAUGAUUGUUAUGCAAAAUUAUAUGAUAAGAAUGCAUAUAAAUCCAUCUAUCAUAGUGAUAACUAGUUUUGUGAUAAAAUUACCGGCGAUUUUGUAGAACUAUUAGCCAGGGAUUCUAUAAAAUCACUAAAAAUAUUAGAAUUUACGAUUACAGAUUAAUCAUUUUCAUACUACAAAACAUGUAGAUUUAAAUAGGAAAUUAUUAAUUAAAUAGGAAUUUUCAAAAAAAACAUGAUAGUAUUAUCAUGAUAAUAAAUUGUAAUUUACACUACAAUAUAUGAAGUGGUCUGCCAAUGAAAGAUAUUUUAAUGAUAGAUUCUUGGACAGAAGUAUUUGAAAUUCUUGAACAAAAAUGUACUGUAAAUAUUUAAUAAUUACAACGGAUCAUUUAUUAUAUUUAUUUUUUAACAUCGGCUAUCGCGUAAAUAAAUAUUUAAUAAAAAUUUUGUUCAAAUAAAGUCAAGCAGAGUAAUAUUUUGUUAUUUAUACAUAUUUCUGAAACUGAACCCAACUGAAAAUCCUUUGUUUCAAGAAAAAUCUUUUUUGAAAUUAAGAAAUAUCUUAAUAUCUCUAUAUUAAAAUAUUAGCUUUUUUAAUUUUUUAUCUAUAGAAUCUAUUGUUAAAAUAUUAUCUAGUUGUGUUAGACUAUUCUGUGUACACACAUUUUGAAUUUGUAAAAUAUAAGUGAAAUAAAUAAUUGAUAUUAUAUAAAUAACAUGUUUCUGAUCAGUUCAUUAUUUGCGUUACGUUAAAAGUAAGCUUAGUCAAUAUUUGUGAAGUAUUUGAAGUAUAUGUAACUUCCACACUGGAAAUUGUUCUGACUAUUUCAAAUGCGUAUAUUAUGACUUGAUUAUUACAUUGUUUCCGCGAUCAAAGUAUAUACAAAAGUAAAAAAAAGGUCUCAAUCGCUUGAUUAAAUAAUUAUUUUGACAAUAAACUUGAGUUUAUGACAGAAGCACGAGUAUCCACAGCAAAUAUUGAAAAUAUAAAAUAAUUUCCAUUACGUAAAUUAACGUUUUCUAAAUGACCAUUAAUCUAAAUAAAUUAAAGAUAAAAUUGUAAUUAUUAAUAUGAGCAUGCUUUUUAUCUCGAGAUGUAAGUUAUUUGUAUCUUUUAAAAUUUAGUUUAUCGAGAGUUAAAAAACUCAAAAAAAGUAGAUGUAAAUAUUUCUAAAUUCACAAUGAUCUCAUUAAUUUGACAUUUAUUAUCGAACAAUGUAUAAAAUGAAAAUAUAAAAUAAAAAUUAAAGAUAAUUAUUGUAUUUAUUGUAUUACAAGGACUUUAUAUAACUCGAGCUUAAUAUAAAUGAAUAUUAAUCGCGAAUUAAGAGAGAGAAAGAAAAUACUGAUACUUUAAUAAUUAAAUAUUAAUGUUUGCAUUGUGUACGAGAUGACUAUUGCUUAUAUUCAUUUGUUAGAACAGCAUAUUGAGUCUCUUCGAUUAAUUUUUUAAUAGAUUAUAGCGGAAUUAUAUACGAAAACGCUGCUUUAUCUAACAAUUUUUUAUUACUUGCUUUUAUUGAAAUCAACUUGUAUUAUAACUUAAGUUUUUUUAAAUAAGAAUAAUAUGAAAUUAGCUUCUCUUUAUAUAAUUUGCAUGCACGAUUAAAAGCGAUUCUUAAUGUAUAAUUCUUUUUAUAAAUAAAUAAUGUAAAAA